ACCGGAUACAAUGCUUCGGAGAGGCAACGACGGAAUUGCACACGCUCACGCUCCACCUUUUCCUUGAAACCUGUUCUCCAUUCGAACGGGAAAAAAAAACAGCAACGAAGCAUGCCUUUCGAGCUUGAGCUUCCGUCUAAGUCAUUCGUCGUGACUGGUGGUAACCGGGGCAUUGGUUACGCAAUCUCUCGAGCGAUUGCGCAAGCUGGCGCACGGGUUGCUGUCUUGUAUCGUUCAUCUGCCGAUGCUCCAGCAGUUGCUAGGGCAUUGCAGGAUGAAUUUGGAGUUAUGGUGCGGGCGUACCAAGUCGAUGUUGCCGAUUCCGCACGACUUGAAGUUGUGUACAAUCAGGUGGUGCGUGAGCUAGGGCCGAUUGGUGGCCUAGUCGCAGCGGCCGGAAUUGCCGUUAGCAAGCCUGCUGUGAACAUGACGCGGGAUGACUUCCUGCGAAUCUUCCAGACCAACACUUGGGGACCAUACAAUAGCGCUGCAUGCCUCAUGCGCCUCUGGAUACGACACAACUACCACGACGGCCGCAUUGUCAUCGUGUCCUCAAUUGGCGGACGGCGUGUAUCCCGAGGGACGUCGGUGAGCUUCUAUCAGGCUUCCAAGGCAGCAGCAAGCAUGCUCGGAAGGUCCCUUGCUCAGGAAUGGGCACGGUACGCGCGGAUCAAUGUCCUCGAUCCAGGGUACAUUGCGACUGACAUGACCAGCUCUAUGACGGCUGACGAACGCCGACGUGUGGAAAGUACUGCGUUGCUGAACCGUUUUGGCACCCCGGAUGAAGUUGCCAAUCUUGCGCUCUUCCUGCUGUCGAACCAGGCCUCGUACUGCGUCGGCACUUCAUAUGUCUGUGACGGCGGAAUCGUCCUGCAAUAG